GCACCAAGAGGCUGGGACAAGCCAGGAAAAGGCACAGCGGAACAAGCCACGAAACAACAGACAGCCGUGGGUCCUCAGUGUUGGAGGAACAAGGUUCCAGUUUACAGUCUGAGUCAGAAGAGGAAGAAGAGGAGAUCCUGCUCCCACCUGCAAGCGUGGGCCUGGCAGCCCUUACCAUGUGA